CUUAUCCACUUAUCGCACAAGCCACCAAGCCGUCAUGGAUGACGAGAAGACAGCUUUGGACAAAUUCUUCCGUGCCUCUUACGACGCACUUCUGGAGCUAUGUUCUACCAACAUCAAUCAAUUCGAGGAUGAGCCACUCAACCCAGUGACCUACACCAUCAGUCAUGCCGCAGAAUCCCUCCUAAGCAAUGCAGAAUUUCCCGAGUACCUUCGUCUAAGAGUACUGCGUGUCGUGGCCAAUGUCUUAGUCGAUGAGUCCAUAGCGCAGGAGACCAUCGACAAGGCCCGGAAGAGCUGGAAGUUGGGUGAACACCACGGGAGCUGGAUUGAGCGCGCCUGUGAGUUGGACUUGUGGCUCUCCUUCGAUGGAAAGUAUGCAGACAAGGAGAUGCCAUUCUCUCACCAUGGCUAUGUCGUUCCCAGUAACACCUUGGAGACUGAGAGCGAGUGGGAUAUUGUGGACGAGGUGGAUGCACAGAGCGACUGGACGGAAGAUGACAUUGAAAGCAUCUCUAACGGCGGAUCAGACAAAUCAUCGACCAAGUCCGGAAAGCCUACAGUCCCGCCAAAGUCACCUGAGCUGUACGAACGCUUUCCUGUCGGCAAGCACGACAACAUCACUACCUAGCAACAAUUCCACCCCUGUCCAAAUCCAAUGAAAGAGUCUGAGAGAUGAAACACUCGCGCAUGAACGACACCGACGGAACACAUCUUGAACUUUCCCUUGCUUUCCAUGCU